AUGAAGUUCUCCAAAGCGACGGCCGCGGCUCUCUUGUCGCUGGCUACCGGCUCGACGGCGCAGACGAACACGACAUGCAGGCCCAAGGUCGACUCUGAGCUGCUCCAGGCAGACUUGACCACCGAGAACUUGAUGGCCAACCUGGAGGCUCUGAACACCAUCGCCUUCGCAAACGGCGGCAACCGCGCCUUCGGUCUUCCCGGAUACGCCGCCUCGGUCGACUACGUCUGGGACCGCAUCUCCUCGAUCCCGGCAACGAAGGCCUGGAAGCAAGACUUCCCCGCGACCUUCGGACAAGUCGUCUCGAUCGACUUCAGCAUCGACGACGAGUCCAUCUACGUCUUCGGCUUGACGUACUCCCCCUCCACAAGCGAGGAGGGAAUCACGGCCCAGAUCGUCCUCGGACCUGCCGGCGCGGCCGCGUGCGACGCGGCGAACUACGAGGGGCUGGACGUGCAGGACAAGAUUGUGCUCGUCGAGCGCUUCCGAUGUCCGACUGGUGGAACGCUGGCUGGUCGAGUGAGGCCUGCUGCGGCGGCCGGCGCGGCUGCUGUUCUGGUCUACCAUGACAUCGAGACCAACGCGACUGCUGGUUCGCUGAGCGCACCCGACCCGGAAGGCUUCGUCCCUGCUGGAUUCAUCAACCGCGUUGAUGGUCUGAGGAUCAAGGAGAGGCUUGAUGCUGGCGAGGUUAUCGAGGCGCACUUCCAGCAGACUCAGAUCGUCGAGGAGCGCAUUACGCAGAAUGUCUUCGUUGAGACUGAGGAGGGUGAUCCUCACAACGUCGUAAUGCUUGGAGCUCAUCUGGACAGUGUGCAGGCCGGCCCCGGCAUCAACGACGACGGCUCUGGUACCAGUCUUCUACUCGAGCUUUUCCUUGCUCUGACGAAAUACCGAACCAAGAACAAGGUCCGUUUCGCUUGGUGGGGAGCCGAAGAGAAUGGUCUCCUCGGAUCCAAGUUCUACUGCGCGAACCUACCAGCCUCCGAUGUCGACGAUCUUCUGGUCUACCUCAACUUCGACAUGGUCUCAAAGGGCUUCUUUGGAGUUGCCGACACCGAUGGAAGCACCCACGGCAGCGUUGCACCCCCCGGAUCUGAUGUUGUCGAGCACAUCUACGAAGAGUACUUUGCGAGCAAGGGUCUUGAGGUCACGCCUGCCGUCCUCACCAACGGCAGCGAUUACGCCUCUUUCUGGCAGAUUUUGAACAAGCCUUUUGGCUUCCUGCACACCGGUACCGCGGUUGCCCAAGACCCGUGCUACCACCAGGCGUGCGAUACCAUCGAGAACCCCGACCCUGAGACGAUCACUGCUAAUGCCAGAGCUGCUGCCCACAUGGUAACUGUGCUGUCCUCGAACGGAACCUCUCUAAUUCCGAAGACUUCGGUCAACGCGACUAUGCUCAACCACUUGCAAAACCGCAGCUUGGAGCCUGAUAUGCUCCGGAUCGAGGAGUUGGAGGCGCUCGGCGAGCGUCACCUCGGCUGCGGUCACGACAUUUGA